AUGACUGCAGCAACAACAGAUGAUAUUGCUCGAAUAGUAGUUGGUAUCAUAGGAAACAUCAUCUCAGGCUUCUUGUUCUUGUCCCCAGUGCCAACUUUUAUCCAAAUAUGGAAGAAAAAAUCAGUGGAAGAGUUCUCGCCAGCACCAUACCUAGCCACGUUGGUGAACUGCAUGGUUUGGACCUUGUACGGUCUACCCAUGGUACAUCCACACAGCGUGCUGGUCAUAACAAUCAACAGCUCAGGCUGCGCCAUUGAGAUCAUAUAUGUCACACUCUUCUUGAUCUAUUCUGACCACAACAAGAGGCUCAAGGUGGUACUGUGGCUCAUGGCAGAACUCAUUUUCAUCGCGGCUUUUGCCACUGUCACAUUAACUACAGUCCACACCCACGAGAAACGCUCUGCCAUUGUUGGAACCACAUGCAUCAUCUUCAACAUUAUGAUGUAUGCUUCACCCUUAGCUGUCAUGAAACUAGUGAUUAUGACCAAAAGUGUUAAGUACAUGCCGUUAUUCAUAUCUCUUGCCUCUUUUGGCAAUGGUGUGGCUUGGACCACUUAUGCUCUCAUUCGUUUCGACCUAUUCAUCAUGGUCCCAAAUGCGCUUGGAACCUUGUUUUCGGUGGCACAACUGAUUCUAUAUGCCACCUUUUACAAGUCGACAAAGCGGCAGCUAGCGGCAAGGAAAGCAGCCAAGGCGGAGGUGGAUCUAUCGCAGGUGGUUGUUGGUAAUGGUGACCAACGAUCCAAACCAAAUAAUUGAUCAUGAUGGAUUAUUGAUGGUUGACAGAACCUGCUACCCUCUCAUCUCAUGAUCAUUGUGAAUGAACUCCUCUAUCUUUUUUUUUUCAUUUUCCAACUAUGUUAAGAUGUUCCUAUUCUACUUAAGAUGACAUGUCAUCAAUCAUC